CUCUGUAGAAGCACCAGUCCUUUCUGAAAUCCCUUCCUCGCCCACACCAUCUGAGGAUUCUUCAGCGCCAUUUUCACCAGUUACUACAACUCCAAGUGAUCAUGAAGAUAAGUCAUUCAACGAUAACGAUGAGCUGCAUGAGCAUGAUCAAACCAUGGAAUUCGAAAACAAUGAUGCAAUGAAACUAGAAUCACGCGAGAUUCGGAUGUACAAGCUCAUAUUAGAAAACAAACUAGAAACUAUAUUUCCAAAUAUAUACUUCGUAUUUAUCUUUCUCUUAUGA